AUGUCGGGAAGUACAGGCUCCAUCCAUGGCCUCACUGGCAAGGCUUUGAUUAUCUUUGUUUCAUUAGGCGUUUUCCUCUUCGGUUAUGAUCAAGGAGUCAUGUCGGGCAUUAUCACCGGCCCAUACUUUAUGGACUACUUUGGCCAUCCUUCCAAAGCCUAUGUAGGUACCAUGGUUGCUAUCCUCGAGAUUGGUGCCUUCAUCUCUUCCUUGAUUGUCGGCCGCGUCGGAGAUAUCAUCGGGCGACGAAAGACCAUCCUCUAUGGCUCGUGCAUCUUUUUCGUGGGUGGCGCUCUCCAGACCCUCGCCAACUCUAUGCCCAUGAUGAUGCUCGGCCGUAUCAUUGCCGGUCUCGGUGUUGGUAUGCUCUCUACCAUUGUGCCCGUCUACCAGUCCGAAAUCUCCCCCCCUCAUAACCGAGGAAAGCUUGCUUGCAUUGAAUUCUCCGGAAACAUCAUCGGCUACACGACCUCUGUUUGGGUUGAUUAUGGCUGCGGCUUCAUCGAGAGUAAUAUGUCGUGGCGUAUUCCCCUGGGCAUGCAGUGUGUGAUGGGUGCCCUCCUGGGCAUUGGAAGUCUUGUCAUUGUCGAGUCCCCUCGAUGGCUCCUCGAUAACGAUCAUGACGAAGAGGGUAUGGUUGUUAUUGCCAAUCUGUACGGAGGCGGUGACAUCCACAACCCCAAGGCCCGUGACGAGUACCGCGAUAUCAAGAUGGACGUCCUUCUCCAGCGCCAGGAGGGCGAGCGAUCCUACGCCGACAUGUUCCGCCGGUACAAGACACGAGUCUUCAUUGCCAUGUCCGCCCAGGCUUUGGCUCAGCUCAACGGAAUCAACGUUAUUUCAUACUACGCUCCGUAUGUCUUUGAGUCCGCCGGCUGGGUGGGCCACGACGCCGUUCUCAUGACUGGCUUCAACGGAAUUACCUACCUGAUGUCGACGAUUCCCCCGUGGUACUUGGUGGAUCGAUGGGGUCGCCGACCUAUUCUCCUCUCAGGUGCAGUGGCAAUGGCCAUCUCACUUUCCUGCAUUUCGUACUUCCUCUAUUUGGACGUUAAGUGGACACCUCGACUGGUCGUUUUGUUUGUCAUGAUUUACAAUGCAGCAUUUGGCUACUCUUGGGGUCCCAUCCCCUGGUUGUACCCCCCGGAGAUUCUGCCUCUGAGCAUUCGAUCCAAGGGUGCCAGUCUUUCGACUGCCACCAACUGGGCCGCGAACUGGCUGGUUGGCGAGAUGACACCCAUUCUACAAGAGUGGAUCAAGUGGCGGAUGUACCUUGUCCAUGCCUUCUUUUGCGUGGCCAGUUUUAUUAUUGUCUACUUCAUCUACCCAGAGACCUGUGGUGUCCGUCUCGAGGACAUGGGUUCUAUCUUUGGCGAUGCUAGCACCGUCAUGGGCACCCCAUCGGUGCAUGGAGAUACGGGAUCGCUGCUGAGAGUUGGCUCCCCAGUCGGAUCUUCCCGAGGACUCCUGGGUCCUUCGGCCAUGAUCCCCGGCCUGUCGCUCGAUCCCGCGUCCAUGGAUGAUGACAACAAGUCUGGAAUUCAGACUAACGGUGGAGACGACCGAAGCGUCCGUGGGUGGCUCUCUCGAGUUGUUGGGAGAAACCGCUCGGAUAGCAGCGGCAGCGGUCAAGGCCGAUAUGCGCCGCUUGGACAACAGGAGGACGGCCGUAACAAUGACUGA